CAAAGAUACAAAAGCGACAGUUCGUUCCAAGCGAAGCGUCGUCGUGGCAACUCGGCAGCAUGGCCACCGACCACCGGGCGUCCGUGACGAUCUCGCAGCUGCCCAUGUGGGGCCGGCCGACGACCGAUGCGACCGAGAAGCUGCGCCCGAGCCAGCUCUUACACGAGCUCACGUCCAAGAACGCCAAGGGCUCCAAGGGCUCGAUCCCGCGCAUCAUCGAGUUUAUGAACCUCGAAGACCACACGUCGCAGAGCGCGUCGUCCGUGCCCGUAGACCGCCCGCUUUUUGAGCCCACCCCGGGCGCGAUCCUCUUUGACGAGUACAUUCCGUUCAAUACGCACUACGCCAAGCUCGCGCUGCGCAACAACGACACGGUCGCGCGUCGCAUCAAGAUGGAGCCGCCCGACUCGCCGUUUUUCAAACUCAAAAAGCUGCACGGCGCCGAACGCGACGGCAAGGUCGCUGCCGGGAUCGAAGUGGCGUACCAAAUCGAGUUCUUACCGCAAGAGCGGCGCGAGUAUGCGCUCGACCUUAUCUGCGUCACCGAGCGCGAAAAAUUUGUCGUGCCUGUCCGCGCGCGGGGCACGUUUGCCGCGCUGAGCUUUCCGGACGAAGUUGACUUUGGACUUUGCCCGGUCAAGAUCAAGUGCUCCAAAGUCAUGACGGUCCACAACGUUGGCACGCGGGGCGCCAAAUUUGUCUUGACAGCGUCGGCGCCAUUUACCGUCUCGCCCCAGACCGUCUACUUGGACAUUGGCGCAGCGAUCCAAGUCGAAAUGGAGUUUCAUCCCAAGCACACGAAAGAGCGCGAAGGCGAGCUCGCCAUCCAGGACGACAGCGGCCGCGCGUCGUACGUCAAGCUCCUCGGUGAUGUGACCAACCUCGAGGUAUACCUGAGCCACCCGAUGGUCGAACCGACGCCGGCGUACUUGACGCUGAGCUCGCGCAAGCGCAUCAAGAUCUGCAACGGAAGUGAUCACCCGGUCGAGUUUUCGUGGAAAGCGUACGCUGGAGAGAAGAGCGAAGAGACUGAGCGCGCGCGGCUUUUGGACGAGCUCCGACGCAUGGAAGGUGCCGAAGUCGACAACCUUGGCGAGUGCAGUGACGACGAGCGCGUCGACCUCAUGGGCAUUCUCCACCGCAAGUAUAAGAACCUGCGCAAGGCCGUCUACGACGACCCAAUGAACUUUGUGGACGAGUGCUUCUCGCUCGAGCCGCCGAGCGGCAAGAUCUGGGCGCACUCGGACGCAGAAAUUACUGUGACCUUUGUACCACACGUCGCCGCGAGCUACGCAGGCACGGCGUUCCUCGACAUCUCGGGUCGCGACACGCGCUUGCCGCUGCAGAUCCGGGGGCGUGGCAUCGGCCCGCAAGCGUGCAUUCUCUACGACGACCUCUUUGACUUUGGCGACGUCUUUAUCAACGACCCGCAGACGCAUGAUUUUUCGAUUCAAAAUCGCGGCGAGAUCCCCGCCGAGUUUGCGCUCUUGCCGAUUCCGUUGCCCAAUGGCGUCGACAUAACGUUUGCUCCGUCCAGUGGUGUCCUUGGCAUUGGCGAGACCUCCAAAGUGUUUCUGACGUUUGCCUCGGCGGUUCUCGGCGAGAUUAGCAUUACGUUCAACUUCAAACUCAAGGGCUCGGACGAUCUCCUCCGCGUGCGCUUCAAGGCGCAUGUGAUUCCCCCCAUGUUUCACUUUGAUGUCGAGAACCUCGACUUUGGCAUCGUGUCGUAUGCGUUCGAGCAGUCCAAGACCGUCCACCUCAUCAACACGUCGCGGAUCGCAAUGACGUACAGCCUCCGCAUUCCGCAAGACGGUCUCUACAAGCACCAAGAGUUUGUGCUCUCGCCGGCCCACGGCACGUUGGCGCCCUUUGGGACGCAAGCGAUUCACAUUGCGUUUACGAGCGUCAACGUCAAGAGCUACGAGUACUUUCUAGUUGUGAGCGUCCAAGGCGUCGGGUCCGACCUGCUCAACAUCCCGGUCCUCGCGCAGUGCUUUGUGCCUGACGUCCACGUCCUCAAACCCGACUUGGUGUACGGCGACUGCUACCUCCGGUACGCCCAUCUCCAGACGCUCCAUUUGAUCAACACGAAUGCGCACUUGCCCGCCAAGUAUGAGAUUGUCGCCCAAGACGACCACUCGAAAGUCGUCGCUGUCUUCUCGGGCGACAAGCCCAGCGGGGACAUUGGCGCCAACGCCACGCUCGCGAUCGAUAUCGCUUUGGUCUGCGAGAAGCUCGGGAGCAUCCGCCUUCCGCUGUACGUGCGCAUUGCCGGCUCGAUCGAUUUGCCGCUUUCGGUGACGAUUGUGGCCAUGGGCCGAGGCCCGAGCGUGCUGUUAGACGCCGAAGAGCUUGCGUGGGGCCCCGUCUCGUGUCUCGUGGACCACCCAAAGAGCCUUCGCUUGACCAACACGAGCUUGAUUCCGGCGCCGCUCAAGACAUUUAUUCGCAACGCGCGGUCCAAAUUCACCGUCGACCAAAAGGAGUAUACGCUCGCACCGGGCGAGACGACCGUGAUGACCAUUGUCGCGAAUCUCGACGAUACGAUCGUGUUCAAAGAGCAGCUGCACAUUCUCGUGACCGAAGGCCACAACCUACUGAUUCCGCUCUCGGCCAAAGGCAUGGGCACGACCAUGUGGUCGCCGAGCGACAUGAAGCUCGUGGACUUCCAGUUUCAGAUGACCAACAAACAAUGCGAGUGGAGCUGCACGCUCGAAAACAAGGGCAAGCGCGGUCAAACGCUGGUGUGGAUCAACAAGACCAUUCGGCAGCAGCAGAUCGAGCUGCUCCAAAAAGCCAAGACGCUCCAAAAGACGUCGAGCAAGGCCAGCGUCAAGUCGUUCGACGUCGGCGACGACUUGACGCCGGUCUUUUCGGUGUUUCCGGCGUCCAUUGAGCUCAAGCCGCGCACCGCGUGCACGUUUUACUUUCGUGGCUUCUCGGCGACGCCCGGUGUCAUGCGCGAGGAGCUCAUUUGUGAGACGCGGAUCGGCCAAGAGAAGAACGCCAAGGUGGCGUUUGCGACCGAGAUUGUCGCGCAGUUUAUCAACCCCAAGAUCGAAGCGUCGUUGCCGAGUGGGCUCGACUUUUCCUACAUUUACGCCGACGGCGUCGUGAUGGAAACACAGUCGCAAGCGCUCAAGCUGCGUAAUGUGUGCGAGCUCCCGCUCUCGUUUGUGCUCCGGACCCAAGUACCGUUUGCCGUCGACACGUGGGAAGCGGUAUUGCAACCAAACGAAGCGCUCGACCUCAACGUCGAGUUUUACCCAGGGUACAAAGACGACCACCUGAGCCGCAUCAUCAACGGCAAGCUCGUGCUCAGCUAUACGGGGCACCCGCAGCGCGACAGCUUGGACUUGCGCGGCGAGAUUGGGUUUCCCAACUUGGAGUUUGAGUACUCGCGCAUCGACUUUGGCUGCAUUUUGAACGACACGCAAAAGUCCAUGCACGUCAAAGUCACCAACAUCUCCAAGGUCCCGACCUCGUUCCACUGGGUGUUUAUUGAGGACGAGAAGGAGGCGCGGGCGGCCGCGACCGUCAAGCGGCCGUACAUUCCCGUCAACCAAGUGUUUGACAUUCUUCCGAUCCGUGGCAACUUGCAGCCGGGCGAAGUCGAAGUCGUCGAAUUCAUCUUUUAUGGCCACGCGAACCGCAAGUUCAAGAGCCUCGUCGCGUGCGAAGUCAACGGCGGCCCCGAGUAUGAGCUCACGUUGGCCGGCGAAGCGUCGUCGGUGACGUACCGCCUCGACCGUCCGUACUUGGAUUUUGGCCCCGUCAUCUACAACAAGGCCGAAGACCGCGAGUUUGCGAUUCAGAACCUCGGCAAGGUCGCGUUUGGCUUCAAUGUGUCGCUGGAGAAGCUCUCGCGGGCCGGCGUCGUCGAGGUGUCGCCGAUGGCCGGACGCAUCUUUGCCAACGACAAGCAGCGCAUCUCGAUCCGGUUCAAACCCGGCAUUCCCGAUACGCUCGUCGAGAGCAUUUGGCUCGAGAUUGCGCACUUCCCCCCCGUCGAGUUCAAGCUCUACUGCCGCGGCAUCUUUGCGUCUCUGAGCGUCAACCUCCCACGCGGCAAGACGCACCCCAACUGCGCGAUCGACAAUGUGCAACCAAAGUGGCGCGACGUGCUCAAAGGCGCCAAAUACAACAUUGAGCACCCGCGCACGUCGUCGCUACCGCCCACGACCGCCGUGACAUGCGAGGCCGCGACGCUCGGCUUGGCGCGACCCAACUCGCGCGCGCCGGUUGCGCAGCCCAAGCUCAACAAGGACGGGGUUCCCAUGACGGCCGUCUCGACCGAGCGUACCUCCCGCACGACGGCGCGGGUGACGACGCGCAACACCAAUGCGGCGCCAACCAACUCGACUGCGCGGAGCCAGAAGUCGCCCAUGAAAAACUCGGCGUCGGGCGACUCGUUCGAUAUGCUGACGCGCGGCCAGCACUACGACUCGGUCGACAUUGACACGGAGGCCUGUCGCAUGCUCUUCGUCAAGUACCUUUUGACGACGAUCCCCGAAGAGCCGCCGACAGAGUCGCCUCGGGACGACAACAAUCUAACGCACCACGGCAGUACUGGUGGACACCCCGGGACGCAGCCCCGCUUCAGCAACAACAACAACAGUCAUCACGGCAGCACCAACCCGCCACUUCUCGAGCUCGUGACGGUACCCAAGCUCAGUAUCCAUCCGACGGGGCCAAUGGACCGCGCCAAAGUCAAGUCGUUCACCAAGACACUGCCACCGACCGACGGCGACGGCGACGGGAGCGAGUCCCCGACCAAAGCUCUGCAAGGCUUUCUCCUCGCGCAAUACAUUCUCGACUUUGGCAACGUCGUCACCGGCACCCACCGCGUCAAAAAGUUUGUCGUCACCAACACGGGCCAUGUACCAGCCUCGUUUCAAGUCGACAAGAACCUCGCGCUCGGCCGCGGGUUUGCGAUCGACCCGGAGCGCGUCGUGCGCUUGCCCGAGAAGAAGGGCGUUGAGUUCAGUGUGACGUUUACUGCGCGCAAGAACGGCCGGCACGGCCCCCACGGUGUCAAUUUGCUCUUGGAUGUCAAGAACGGACCGCCGAGCUUGGUGACGUUCAAAGCCAACGUGACAGUGCCCGACCUCGUGCUUUUGGCGGAAAACCUCGACUUUGGCAAGGUUGUCGUCGGGCGGUCGCAUGUCGUCCACUCGCAGUUCUUCAACAACUCGCCCGUUGUUGUCGAGUGGGCGCUCAAGAAACCCAUGGGGUCGGCCCGCGACGUGGGGUACUUUCGCAUGGAGCCGACCGGCGGGCUCCUGCAUCCUGGCACGCGCUGCAACAUCAAGGUCGAGUUCAUGCCGCUCGAAGGACGACUGUACCAUGUCAAGGUGCCCGUCAAGAUCUCGUCGAAUCCCAAGACGCGCUCGAUUACGUGCCAAGGCGAAGGCUCAGAGCUCCGCGUCUCGUUCGACCCACCCAUGGCCGAGCUCGGGCCCGUGCUGCCGUGCUCGCCACCCAUCGAGCGCAUCGUGAUUAUGCGCAACGAGUCCGACCACGCGGUGGAAGUCUACUCGCUCGACUUUGACGCUCAGUACAAGAGUGAAGAAGACAUGCUGCGAGAAGCGUCCGGCUACGGCGACGACGACUACCUCCGCCUUCCACUGCGGCUACCGGGCACGGGCUUGCCCGAGCACAUAUUGCUCGAGUACAACCAGCGCAACCAAGAAGAGCCACCGCCUGUUGAAGCGGCGACGACCGCCGAGGCGGACAUGGACGAAGAGGACACGCGGUCGCUCCGUGCAAAAGAAAAGGCCGUCGACUACAUCUUUCUGGGGCCCCCUCUCUGCGGCAAGACGACGCAGGCCAAGCUCAUGGGCGAGAAGGAGCACUUGGUCGUCUGGACUUUCGACGAUGCCGUCGCGCUCUGCGCCAAGGACGAGUCGGACAUUGGCAAGCGUGUGCGCAAGGCCUUGGAGCUGCCCCUUCUCGCAUGGGAUAUGAUCAAGCCCACGACGCCGGAAGAGCCCGAGGCUGUUGCAGCGCACGACAAGAAGGGCAAAAAAGACGGCAAGAAGAGCAAAACCGAGCUUGACGAGGUCAAGGACGAGCCGCCGCCCAUGACACCACCACACGAGCCGUCGCCGCGCGAAGAGAUGGGACUCGACCUGCUCGAGUGGGUGCUGCAGUGGCGUCUCUCCCAGCCCGACAUGGCCAACGGAAGUGUUUUGGACGGCUGGUCCACGACGUAUGCGCCCGACAGUUCGUCGCUUCUCCACGUGAUCGCCAACGUUCUCGGUGGCGCCACCAUCAUCCUACUCGGCAUGAACGAAGACAUUUACGAAGCCCACAUCCUCGCAUGCAUCAAGCACGUUGAAGACGAUAUGGACAUGCUCGAGCGGUCGCUCGACAUGAUGCAAAUGGUACCCGAGGAGCCUCUGCUCGAAGCGAUCGAGCCGAUUGAGAUGGUGCCGGAAGAAAAGGAGGAGAAGCGACCGGCGAGCCACUCGCGUUUAAAGUCGAGCGUCAGCUCCGACACUGUCGUGGUCGAGCCACCAGCUGUGGUCGCGGAGCCGCCGCCGCCAACACCCGAAACCAUCGACCCGGUGCAAGUCGAGCACGAGCUGCAUACGUACCGCCUGCUCUCGGAGCGGCUGCACGAAUACCUCGACUUGGAGCUCUACGACAAGUACUGCCAAGAGCUUGUCGCGCACAAGAAGGAGUGGGAAACGCUGCUUUUGCGGUUGCCACCGCCACCGCCGCCACCGCCCACGUCCGAGUUGCCACUGCAGAACGGCGAGCCCGACGGGGCCCUCAGCGACCGCAGUGGGGUGCACGAACACCCGUCCACAUCGACCGACGCGACGACCGCGGACGACGAAUCGGGCAUGCCGUCCAUGGCCGCCGACUACCCCGAGCUCGUCACGGACGACGCUAUCGAAGCACCAGAGCACUUGGUGGCGCGCAAGCCGCGGCGUGUUCUCGCCCUCCACGAUGUCAACCUCAACGAAGUUGGACCGCCACUGCUCUUGCACGGUCUCGUGUUUGCGUCGAUUGAAAAGUACUUGCGCGAGCUGGCGUCGAGCAAGCUCGUGAUGCCGGCGCCCAUGACGUACCAGCUCGUCAAGCGGCCGUAUUUUCGGAGUCAGCGCAAGCCCGUGCCGCGCUUUAGCCUCUCACCACCGGACGUGAGCCGGUGGAUCUUGCCGCCGCAAUCGGAGAUUUCGUUUCACGUCACAUUUGCGUCGUCCGACGUGGGCACGUUCGAUAGCACGCUCGGGUUUGAGAUCCUCGGGAGCAAGCGCGAAGCGAGUCUCUUCUGCCGCGGCAUUUGUGCCGUGCCGGGCAUCAACGCGGACCCGCGCAACGUCUUUAUGAGUCGCGCCAAGCACAAGGCGGACGGUGCGCUCGUGCACAAAAAAUUUGUCUUGUCGAGCGGCGUGUACGAGUUUGGGCCGCUCUUGCUCGGCAAAGCGCGGGAGCUCCGGCUCGAACCCAUCGCCUCGGACGCAUACAAGGCGACGCGCAAGACCAACGCCGAGGUGUUUCGCAUCUCCAACCCGAGUCGAUUCCGCGCGCAGCUGCAUUUUUUCUUUGAGAAGCAGCCGCCAAAUGACGACAUUGGCGUCGACGGCGACGCAGCGUCGACAAAUGCGGCUGCCCAUACCUUUCUCGUCGAGCCAAAUAGACUCGAGAUUGCCGAAGGGGACACGGCCGAGGUCCUCGUGUGGGCGUUUCCCGCGAAAAAUGGGGUACUUGAUGACACGCUCGUGUGCUGUAUUGCCGACAACCCCGAGCCAGUGACGUUUCCAAUUUCAUGCAUUGGGUGCGCGCCGUUGAUUGCGCUCAAUGGGCCGUGGACCGAGAGCGCCAAGCUCAUCGACUUUGAGAGGCUCUUGCUCAAGCGCCAAGAAGACAAGACGUGGAGUCUCCGCAAUGCGUGUGAGCUGCCCAUCAUUUGGCGCCUUGUGCUCGACGUGCCGACCGAGUUUGAAGUCGUGCCUCGCGACGGUACGCUCAAGCCCGGCCAGUCGCAAACCAUCGUUGUUCAUUUCAAUGCAGCCACCGAAGGGCUCUUUGAGUUUGGGAUUCCGAUCGAGUUUGCCGAUCUCGAGGGCGGGCUCGUUGGCAGUAACCCGCAUCUGCGCCGGGACAGCAUCAAGGUCAAGGCCGAGGCCUACAAAAUUGACGUGUGCUCGUUUGACGAAGAGUCGCCCGACCCGAGUGCCGAGAGUCUCAACGGCGUCUUGGACUUUGGCCUCCUCCGCGUAAGCGAUACGCCCACCAAGGCCUUUUCGCUCCGGAACCGCGGCAAGUACGAUAUCAAAGUGAUGCUGUCCGUCAAGCGCAACAAGGAUUGGUGCAAGAUCAACCCGGUGGACGCGACAAUUGCGCCCGGAAAGAGCCAAAAAAUUGAAGUCACGUUCCUCUCGAGUGUCUCGGGCGAAAUCGUGCUCCGCGACUGCAAGGACAUCAAGUGCGUCAUUUUAGAACAAACGACCGGCGAAGUCUUUAACGAGUUUCCCAUCUUGCUGCACGCGCGCGCCGUGUACUCGAAAUUUCGCUUGCAGCCCGCGCGCGGCCUCAGCUUUGGCUCGUUGCGCUUCAACGAAGAAAGGAAGGUCAAGCGCCUCGAGCUGCGCAACGACGGUGAAUUUGCGUUCAAAUUUCGCUUCAAAACGGACGUCAUGGACGACGCGGCCAGUGUCGACGAGACCAAGCCCUUGGUGCUCGGGCAGUUUUCGAUUCUGCCGGCCGGUGGCAGCUUGGACCCGGGACGCAUCGUCGCCAUUGACGUUGGCUUCCAGCCCCAAGGCGCGGCGGUUUAUCGCGAAAACGUCCGACUGGAUAUUUCGGGGCGCGACCCGCACAAUGAGAACGAGACGGCCAUGCUGCAGUACGAAGUGACGGGCGAGAGCUGCUACCCGGGCAUCAACACGAACGACAUGGAGAGCAUUUUCGAAGAGCAGGCGGUGGUCCAGACCUUUGGCUCGGGCCACACACACUGCCUCGAGCGCAACCAACCCAUGUUUGCAGAGACCGAGCGGCUCUUUGACUUUAGCGCCGUCUUGGUCGGCAAGAGCAUCGUCGAACGGUUCAAAAUCUCCAACCCGACCAAAGUGCUCGCAACCGUUCGGUUUGCCAUCAAGGCGCCGACCGAGUCGAAAGACGAGUCGGGACUGAGUAUGUUUACGGUGCAGCCCACAGUGUGGGACAUUCCGCCGCACGAACACCGGUACGUGAACGUCCACUUCAAGCCCACGAACAUCACGACGUACCAUGCGCUCUUCUCUGCGGUCGUCGACGACGGCGCCGACCCGAGUACAAACGUCCUGCAAUUUGACAUGCGGGGCGAGGGCACGAUGCCCUGCAUCACGAUCGAGAAGCCGACAACGCGCGAAGGCAACGUGCUGAGCCUUGCGUUUGGCAAGCAGCGCGUCGGGAAGGGCCGCGAGCUGCCCUUGGUUUUGCGCAACGACGGUCUCGUACCGUCGACAGUGCUCUUUUCGAUGCCGUCGAGCACCAACUUUACGUUAUUGGAAGCCGCGGCGACGACGAGCGGCCUACUUUUGCCGCCCAAGAAGACGCAUACGAUGUCGGUCCUCUUCAAGCCGAUUAAAGCGCACGACGAGAUGUGCAGCGUGCAGCUCAAGCUCAGCGUGCAAUACAAUCCGUUCGAAGACACAAUCAUCAAGCUCAGCGGCCAAGGCUACAAGGAGCUCGUGACUUUGGACGGUCUCGUGGACGACGACCACAUCGUGUUCAACGACGUCGAUAUUGCAACGGCGACGACCGCGAAUAUGCGCUUUGGCUUGCGGAACCAGUCGUCGACGCACGUGGUUCGUUUUGCGUUUGGCGCGCACCCGCUGCUCAAGUUUGUACCGACGACCGGUCAUUUGUAUCCCGGCGCGCACGCGAGCAUCCUUGCAACAUUUGCGCCACCACCAGGCGUCGCAACGGUCCUUGACAAGGAAAAAAUCCCAAUCACACUCAGUCGCAUCAAGCCGGCGGUCGACGCGCCGUGGGACGACACCAUGUCGACACUUUCGUUUGUUGAGGCCGAUGCGACGCCGUCCAACGCGACAGAGCCAUCGUAUGAAGCGCUCGACCCGCCGCUGCCACCGCUCACGGCGCUGGUGUUUGCGGUCGCCGACACGCUGCGCUACAGCUGCAAGACGACCGAGAUUGCGUUCAAAAAGACGUUCAUGUUUCAAGCGUGCACAACAAAGUUCAGCGUCAAAAACGAAAGCAAAGUGCGGUUGCCGUUCACGUGGACGUGGAGCCAAGAGUUUCUGCAGCUCCCAGACGUGACGGCGUCGUCCAUGGAUACGCCGUGUCCGUUCAGCAUCGAGCCCGACGCCGGCGAGAUAAGCGCCGACGAUACGCAGGACUUCCUCGUCCGGUUUGCGCCGAUCGAGGUCGCCCACUACGUCUACCGGCUCGAGGGCCACCUCAAGAACGGUGACAUUAUUCGCAUUAGCGUGCGUGGCACGUCGCUUCGACCUGUUUGUCAUGUCGACGUCGAGCCAAGCGACUAUGCGCAGCGGCGGUCGUUGGCGAUGGUCGGGCCGGGCGGCGAACUUGGGCCACUGGACCCGAGCGUCCGUGUUGUCGAGUUGGAGUCGCUCGGGAUUCGUGUGCGAAACACGCGUCGCUUCUACGUCAUCAACCCGACCAACGUCUCGUAUGAGUUUGCGUGGGUCCCCGAGGGCCCGCAUGUGAACCCGGCCUUUCGCUGUGCGACGCCAAAAGGGCUUAUGCUCUCGGGGAAGCGCUGCGAGAUGGUCUUUGAGUUUACACCGACCCAGAUGGAGCUGCAAGAGAUGUUUUGGCGGCUCAAGAUCGACCAGUUUGGCGUCGACCAACUCUUUUUGUUUGUGGGCACGACGACCGAGCCGCGCGUGCUCCUCGACCGGGGCAGCGUCAACUUUGCGACGCUCCUCCUCGGAUCCAAGGCGUCGCAAACCAUCUAUUUGACCAACCAGGAGCAUUUACCGUUCAACUUUGCGUUUGAAAAAGUCCACUUUGUCGGCGAAAAGCCCGUGCUACUCCUGACGCCGCUCUCGGGUGUCGUGCCGCCCCACGGCCGGACAGCGAUUGACGUCGAGUUUGCACCGAACGAAGAAAAGCUGUACAACUUCAACCUCGGCUGCACGAUCAAACGCAAGCCGUCGCGGCUCUCGCUCAACGUCAAAGGCGAGGGGUAUGCGAUCCACGACCACGUCAUCGUGCACGACGACACUGCCGGCGGCAUGCUCGACGCGAUCGAGCCGUCGUCGUCGACACCGAUCGACUUUGGCACGGUCCGCGUGCACGAGAAAGCGCGGCGCAGUAUCGUGCUCUCGAACGCCGGCAAGUUCAACUUUGAGUUUACCUUUGCGUGGGCAUCCGCCAAGCAUCCGAUGCUGACGCUCGAGCCGAGCAAUGGGACGGUCCGAAAGAACGACAAGGUGGUCUGCCACCUCACGUUUGCACCCACAAAAGAGACGUCGCUCGACGGCCAGCGCAUCGUGUGCACCACCGCGGGCUCGCGCGAGUAUGCGUUCCCGAUCCAUGGCAACGCGGUGCCGCCGGCCGUCGAUUUUUCGUUCACGGCGCACGACUUUGGCCCGUGCUUUAUCGCCGAGCCGGACGCGGCGCCGAUGGUGGAAACCAUGACGCUGCGCAUCACGAAUAUGGACCACGAGAUGGACAUCAGUGUCGACUGCAGCUACGAGAAGCGGCCGUUCUUGCACGUCACCGUCCAACCCACGGUGCUCGGGCCCCACGAGACGCUCGACGUGCCGAUUACGUUUACGGCGCGGCACGAAGGGCCGUACGAAGAGGUGGUGCCGUUUACGAUCAACGGCAACACGACCAUCAAUGUCGUGCUGAGUGGCGAAGGCAUUUACCCAAAGAUCGAGCUCGCCAUGGCGGCGUCCGUGGUUCAUUUUGGGACGCUCCAGAUCGGGCAGAGCGUGAGCCGCAUCGUCAAGCUCGUCAACCGUGCGAAGCGCAAGACGCCGUUGGCAUUGCUUGCGAGCCACAUGCACGACAUUGGCCUGAGUAUCUUUCCGCAAACCGGCAUCUGGAUCAAGCCGCGCGAGACGCUCGAUGUCGAGCUGCGGUUUUCGCCGCCGCGGCGCGUGACGCCGUUCGAAGAAGAGCUGUGUGUGGACGUAUGCGGCACGAAGAAGAAGCUCGUGACGCUCACGGGGGCGUGCCAGGGCAUGGACGUGCAGUUUGAGACGGAGAACCUCAGUUUUGGCCCCGUCGUGCUCGGGUCGCAGCUCGUGCGGCGGCUCUUGCUGCAAAACCGAGGCGACCUUGUGGCCAAGUUUCAAUGGGAUUUGAAGCGGCUUGGACCCGACUUUAGCAUAGCGCCAAGCGAAGGCGUCGUGCUGCCAAACCAAGACAAGUCGUUUGAGAUCACGUUCCGGCCGCUCAAGAUCAACGACGACAUUCGGCUCGAGAAAAUUUUGUGCGGCAUCGAGGGCGGCGACUUUCUGACCAUGACGUUCACGGGCGCGUGCGUUGGCCAGCUCGAGACGUCGAUCAAGGAGCUCGUGUUUGAGUCGCGUGUCCGGCGCGAAGUCGCCAAGGAAAUCUCGAUUGAGAACAAGACGGGCAGUCCGUGGAACUUGAUCCCGAUGGUGCAGGGCGAGCACUGGCGCUGCGCCGAGAACGUGGCCGUGCCCGCGAAUGGAAAAGCCGUCAUGCAGCUCUACUACAUGCCGUUGAGCAUGACCCAAGCGGGCGAGACCGCCGGCUACGACCGCCCCAAAGCGCACAAGGGCUCGCUCUUCCUCGCGAUUCCGGAUGGGAGCGCGAUCUCGUACAACUUGGUCGGCACCGCGGUCGAGCCAGAUGCGCUCGACACGUUGAGCUUCAAGACGCCGGCAAAAGCAUCCUUGCCGAUCAAGUUGCCACUGGUCAAUUGGCUCAAGAAGAGCGCCCAAGUGUUCCACGUCACGAUUGAAAACGUGACGCAGUGCGCGUCGACGUUCGUCCAGGGCGCCGACACGAUCACGGUUCCCCCAAAUGCGACGCGCGAGUAUGGGCUCAAAGCCUUUGCGUACCUUGAAGGCAUAAACGAGCUCAAGGUAUCGUUCACCAACAACGAGAGCGGCGAGUAUGUCUUCUACGACGUGCGCAUCGACGUCACGCCGCCCGUGAUCGUCGAGACACUCUCAUUCCACGCGCCCGUGCGCCAGAGCAUCAAGAAGCUCAUUACGAUCGAGAACCCGUUCCCGCCGUCGCGCAGCAUCCAGUUUGACGACAAGAGCUUCUGGAGCUGCUCGUCACCGAGUGUCCGUGUUCGGCGCGUCGGUGAAAUGACCGGCCGGUCCGAAGGCUCGUUCGAGGUCGAGUACCGGCCACUCCUGCACACGGUCGAGGCGAUCGAGGCGACGCUCACACUGCGGAGUCCGCAGCUCGGCGAGUACCCGUACAAGUUGUCUUUGGCCACGUCGCCGGCAGGCAUCGAGAAGAUCCUGCACUUUACGGUGCCCUUGGGCGGCAGUCAGACGCAAGCGUUCCGCUUCAGUACGUAUGCGUCCAAGCCCAUCGACUUCAAGUGCAGUGUGCAGCAGCCAACGUUCUUCAACGUCGCGCCCUUGCUCAAGACCGAUGUCACAACCUGGGAUGGCACCGAACAGACCGUGGUCGUCAAGUUUGAACCCGAAGCGCUCGGUGACAUUCGCGAUACGCUGGUCGUCGCGUCGGACGCCGGCGGCGAGUACAAUUGCACGCUCCUCGGGCAGUCGGUCCCGCCGGUACCCCAGGGCCCGUUUGUGUUUGGGACGACCCAGGACGUUGAGUUCAAGAACGUCUUCAACGCCCCGCGCGAGUUUGCCUUUGCGAUCGACGGCGCCGGGUUUUCCGUCAACACUGCGACCGUCACGAUCGCUGCCAAGUCGGCCAAGGUCGUGACGGUCAAGAACACGGACACGAGCGCGCGCGCGACGCCAGUGACGGGCAAGCUCCUCGUGACGUGUCCGAGCCUGCCCGAGCUGCCGCCGUGGGUCUUCUACCUCGAGGGCGAAAGCCGGGGCUGAAGGAUUUAUAUAUGUACAUAAACCAUUAGGAAUCAAAAGUCUAUUAGAGUAUA